UCCUCGCGUGCUCGAGACACAUUCGACCGCCAGGGGUCAGUAUCUUGUAUAACGCCGUCAUACUGGCGAAGAAUUAAACAUUGAGCAAGAAGUUAAUUUUUUUCUAGGCCAUCUCGGCAGUCAGUGUAUGUGUCCUACGCAUCAACUUUCCGAAAACAAGUCCGUCCGUCCGUCCGUCAUGGCCGCAAAGAGCAUGACACUUUUUUGGUGCUCCGGUUCAGUUCCCUGCUGGAGGGUGAUGAUAGCUCUGGAGGAGAAGAAGCUGCAAGGGUACAAGCAAAAGCUGCUCUCCUUCGAGAAGCAGGAACACAAGUCACCAGAGGUUUUGGCUAUAAACCCCAGGGGACAGCUUCCUUCUUUCAAACAUGGAGACAACAUUUUGAACGAAUCCUACGCAGCCUGUUUUUACCUGGAGAGCCAGUUCAAGAGUCAGGGGACCAAGCUGAUCCCAGACGGCCCCGCCGAACAAGCCCUCAUGUACCAGCGCAUGUUUGAGGGCCUGGCCUUCUACGACAAAUUAGGAGCCGUUAUCUACUACGAGUAUUACGUGCCUGAAGGCGAGAGACAUGCCUCCACCAUCAAGAGGAACUGCCAAACCCUCGCCGCGGAGCUGCAGCUGUGGGAGGGUUACCUGGACAAGGCGGGAUCCUACCUGGCCGGAACGUCCUUCACAUUGGCUGAUGUGAUUGUAUUCCCGAUUGUUGCUAAUCUAUUCAGAUUCGGGUUGCCAGCUGAGCGUUACCCCAAAGUGGCCGCGUACUACGCUCUGCUGAAGGAUCGACCCAGCAUCAAAGCCAGCUGGCCUCCUCACUGGCUGGAGCAACCCAAGGGAGAAGACACACUCAAAGACGUGUGAUGGUCCACGCCACCGGCAUCUGCAGCCUGUCGCGUUGAUUCGAAAAACAAAAUAUCGUUUGCACUGUUAGAACGACAUCUGAUCAAAUUUGAUUUCUGCACGAUAAGAAGGAAAGAGUUAUGCCUAUUUUGUUCAUUCAAAGGCAAUUUUUGUUCAGAUUUAAAAAAAAAAAAAAGAAAAAAAGGAUCCAAUCAAAUUAAGCACUUUAAAAUGAAUUAUUGUGCAGUCUUCAUUUUUUGCAAGUCACUGUUGAAUCCAUGACCAAACAAGAAGGUAUGACAUUGACUCCUGUCCCACCAAACUUCAAAUCGCCGCCACGCCUAGUCAGGUUUUUGUUGUGCAAACAACAGUCCUUUUUGCUGUCAUGAUGACUUGGGAGUUUUUUUUUUCUC